AUGUUUGGUUUUGUUACAGCUAGAAAUAAACAAUUCAAAUUAUCACGAAAUACACAACAUCGAUUUUUAUAUCGUCAAAAAAAAGAAAAAAUUCAUCAUUGGAUUGUAUUCAUUAAACUGAUCUAUAUUACAAUCUUUAUUUGUUUUACAAUAGCUCUAUGUCUGAAUCAAGCGAUUCAUUAUUCAAUUCGAAUUGAAGAUAUAUGGUUUUCAUUUCUAUCACUUAUUCUUAUUUUAUCAUUAUUUAUUGAUAAUUUAAAACAACAAAAUAUAUUUCCAUUGAAAUUAAUCUAUAUUAUACAACUCCUGUUGAUUAUUAGCUUAAUUAGUUUUAUAAUUUUAGGUCAUAUUCAAGCUUACUAUUACUUAUGGUGGCCGACAUCAUCAUCUAUGGAAUUAAUAUAUUUAACACUUUUUUCAAUUAUUUUUAUUGAUCUAUGUCCAAUAUCAAUUGCCGUUAUAAUUAUAAUUAAUUCAUCGAAAAAACCUCGAUCAUGGCGUUGUGUUUAUACUAGUAGUAUUAUUUCAAAUGUUUAG